CAGACCACUGCGUUCGUGGUCUUGGCCAAGUCCGAAACUCUCUCUCUCACACGCGCACACUUCUCAGUCACACAAACAACAAAAAAGUUCCAUUUCUUGUUGCAGCCAUGGAGAACGAGCCGGGGUUGCACGCCCCAGCUGGUGUCAGCCUCGACUUGCGCCUCGAGCUCUCUCCCCGCCGGCAGCCUGCCGCCGCCGUCGACCUCCGGGGGCAGGCCUUCGCCUGCAACUACUGCCACCGCAAGUUCUACAGCUCCCAGGCGCUGGGCGGCCACCAGAACGCGCACAAGCUCGAGCGCACCCUCGCCAAGCGCAGCCGGGACAUCGUCGCCGCCCCGCCGUCCCGGCCGCUCCUCCAUGCUGUGCCGGACGGCGCCGGGGGUUUCUGGACGUACGGCGCCGCACCAGGGCCCGGGAAGGACGCCGCGGCGCAUGCGGCGCUACCGGUCGUCGUGGGCUGGGCUGGCACGGCAGCUGAUGGCGGUUGCGGCCGCCACGGCCACGUGCACGGCCGGAACGGGGAGGAGAUCGAUUUGUCGCUCAAGCUCUGAGAUGCUUAUUUGAUUACUUCUUGCAUCUGGCGUCUAUAUAUAUAUUAAGAGAAUCUCUGUCCGGUGCAAGUCUCUUUGAUCAGAUGCUUUAAGCUUUAGCUAGUAGCUGGUAAUUGGUAUAUGUAGCUCAUGCAAUAAUUAAUCCUAGAUCGAUGUAUAUAUAUAGCUAGGCCUCCCCAUGCACGGUCUCAUUUAUCUCUCUCCAUAUACAUCGUGGACAUCAUGCAAUAUAUUUAGCAUGCCCAAAAUUGUGUGCAUGUGUUGAUGAGCUGCUAUAUAUACAGUUAUCCCGGGACAAAAAAACUGAAAAAAGUAUUGAGUUAAUUAUUGAGUCACGAAAUGUAUCUCGUAAUUUCUUGA